AUGGAUCCCCGCCACUACCUGCAUUUACUAGAAGUAAGAGUGGACGUCAGGGGUUCUCAGAUUGCUAUCUUGUGCGAAUUCUUGCAAAACGAGCCGGGAUCAGCGACAAUCGUGUUCAACUUCAUGGACGGUCGUUGGAGUCGGUCUGUUGAAGAGCCUCAACGGCGACUGGAAGAGUCCGUCAAAAUCGCCGACGGUCUCAGCCUCGCUGUGGACCCAUUAUUCAUUCAUUCGAUAUUCUUCACGAGCAGCCAUCGGUGGUGGAUGAGCUCAUUGAGCAGCAUCAAUGACCAACUGAUCACAUAUGAAAAACGGCUCCAGCAAGAAAUUGAUGACGAGACAGAGGCAUCAGACGUCUAUAGUGUAAUUAACCGAGCUCUGAAUUCCAUAGCGGCUCGCCUGCGUCGCUACGCCUCGGAGUUAUUAACAGCGCCCGAAAUUCUCGGUGGCAUCAAGGAGCAUCAUGACAGCUUUUCACAACAACAAGCAGAAGAAAAUCAGCAGAAAUACUAUCGAGUCUCAAAAUGUCUGAGCCAGAUCUGCUCUCACAUGAAACAGGUCAGGAUUUUGCUGGAGGAGCUCGAGGUGAAGCUGAAGAAUAUCCUUGCACUGUUGUUCAAUCGCAUGCAAAUUGCCAAUGAUCGCCCGAUGGUGUCUAACGGUAGAAAAAUGCACUCGAUCCUACAGGCGACGCGUGAAGACUCCGAGAUCUCUCGAAUUAUCGCCGCGAAACAGGGUCAAAUCGCGGAGGAAACGCAGAAAGACAACGUCGCCAUGAAGACUGCAUUCCUAGCGAUGCCGCUCUUCGCACAAGAUGACUACUUGACAAAUGGAGCGAAAGUCUGGGUAUGGGUCGUGUGCACGGUUCCCUCAACAUGCGUUGCAUUCGCCUUCUACUCCUACUGGAGGCCGAGGCAUGAAUUGAGGAAGAAGAAUAGUCCCUACGCUGUCACCGGCCACGAGAAUGGCCGGGUCCUUCAACGAGGACUCGCCUAG